AUGGCCGACCAAGUCAAGGAGAUCCUCGAGGUUCCCUCCGAGUUCGCUCAGGAAGGUGUUCAGUUCAUGAGAAGGUGCACCAAGCCCGACAAGCUCGAGUUCCUGAAGCUCUGCCAGGCCGUCGGUGUCGGUUUCCUCAUCAUGGGUGCUGUCGGCUACAUCGUCAAGCUGAUUCACAUCCCCCUUAACAACAUCCUUGUCGGAGGCGCAUAA